GUCAUUAUGUCAAGUAUCAAUUUUAUUUGCGCAGGAAUACUCUUUUGGACCCGAAUUUCCAUUUCAGGAUCAGAACCCCCAGAGAGUUCAACCGAAAAUUUACAACUGGAAGCCGAAACAGAGGGCGGCUUUUUUGAAGGAGAUAUGGAGCUAACCCCUGAGCAAUACGCAGAACUAAAGUUGGGCAGGAACGGUCUUAUUUUGCAAAAGUAUCGCUGGCCAUCAAAAGUUGUACCCUAUGUUAUUUCAGAAGAUCAUUUUGAAAAAGAAGGUAUCGCUAAAAUCCGAAAGGCCAUGCGCCGAAUCGAGAAAGUUAGCUGCGUCAAGUUCCAGCCACGUAGUGGACAAACUGCUUACGUCAGGUUUACAGGUGAUAAGCCAGGUUGUUACUCCACUGUUGGUCACUCGGGUAAGGUUCAGGAACUCAACUUAUCACCGAAAUGUAUUCGCGUUCCCACCAUGAUGCACGAGAUGCUUCACACUCUUGGAUUCUAUCAUAUGCAAAGCGCCAGCAAUCGUGAUAAAUAUGUGCGUAUCCAGUGGAAGAACAUUAAGAAGGGACAUCGGCAUAACUUCAUCAAGUACGGAUUUAGCGCUGUUAGCGAUUUUGGGACACCGUAUGAUUACGCAAGUUUAAUGCACUAUCCCCCAAAGAGUUUUAGCAAAAACGGACGGAGAACUAUAGUGCCGCUGAAGGAUGUAGUAAUUGGCCAACGGAAAGGAUUGAGCAAAAUAGACAUAAUUAAACUUAAUAAAAUGUACAAGUGUUAAAUGCGAAUAUACCUAAUAAACCGUAUAAUUGAAAUGAGGUA